UAACGCGACCGUCUUUUUACCUCAAACUAUUGGCAUCUCUCAGCGUCUCCGUCGUCUUCCUAUUUUCCUGCUAAUCGGAGAAGAAUACGUCGUCGUUUUCUAAGGCUUCCCAGUCUUGGUCCUCCGAAUUCGUGGUUUUCUGAUUCUUCCCGGCGCUCCUCACGAUUGAUUCCAUGGUCUGAUCUUCCGCGAAUCGCAAUCCGACUGUGGCGAUGGCGUCGGCUCAGAACCAAUCUGCGAAUGUGGAUCUCUUCGAUGCGUAUUUCCGACGAGCAGACUUGGACCGCGAUGGCCGGAUUAGUGGCAAUGAAGCCGUCGCUUUCUUCCAGGGCUCCGGUCUCCCCAAACAGGUCCUUGCGCAGAUAUGGGCACAUGCAGACCAGAGGCAGACUGGAUUCCUUGGUCGGGCAGAGUUUUACAAUGCCCUUAGACUUGUCACUGUGGCACAAAGUAAGAGAGAACUUACGCCAGAAAUGGUGAAGGCAGCAUUAUAUGGCCCGGCUGCAGCUAAAAUACCUGCACCCAAGAUAAAUCUUGCAGCGACUCCUGCCCCUCAGUUCAAUUCUGCUGCAACAGCACCUGCCACUCAGGGUGGUGCUGUCACUCCGACGUCCUCGCAAAAUCUUGGGUUCAGGGGACUGCAAGUAACACCUCAGUAUAGUUCUUUUGGAGCAGCACCUGCCACUCAGGGUGGUGCUGUCACUCCAACAGCCUCCCAAGAUUUUGAGUUCAGGGGACCACAAAUACGAUCUCAGUUUAAUUCUGCUCCAACAGCGACUGAGGGUGGUGCUGUUACUCCAACAGCGACUCAGGGUGGUGCUGUUACUCCAACAUCCUCCCAGAAUCUUGCGUUCAGGGGAUUACCUCCAAGUGUGAAUGUGAACCAGCAAAAUUUCAUUUCUCAAGAUGGAAAGUCAAAUAGGCCUCCAGUGCCUCCAUCUAGUUCUGACUCCCAACCCACACAGGGUGCUGCUGCCCCAGGCUUUCCCAGUGGAGGUUCAGUGGGUGGUCCUCAACCACAAAAUUCAAGCGCGUCGAAUGAUUGGGUUGGUGGAAGGGCAAGUGGAUCAACGACCGGGAUACCCUCGCAGGUUGUAAACAAAGGGAUCGCUCCUUCUGCAAUACAAGAUGUAUUUGGGCAGGCAACAUCAGGACCAACAGCUUCCCUACCACCUAGGCCACAGGCAGGUUCUGGGAUCAGACCACCAGGACCACCGACUAAGGAUUCCAAACCAUCAAAUAUAUCUGGGAAUGGCUUUGCUCCCAACUCAUCUAUUGGAGUCGAUGUGUUUUCUGCAACCCCAUCUCACCCAGAGCAGAAUUUUCCUCUUGGCAGUGUACCCGUCUCAUCAACCAUUGUGCCAGUAUCUGCUGGGACCCAGUCUUCAGCUAGCCCAAGUACACAGGUUGGUGGGGAGCCUCAGCCGUCCCAAUCAUUUGCAAAAGCAAACAACCAGGUCUCAGCUCAGACUAGUGCUAGUCGAGUAUCACCUGGAGCUGGGAACUCUGCUUCUAGUCAGUCCCAUAUGUCAUGGCCUAGGAUGAUUCAAACUGAUGUUCAAAAGUACGCCAAUAUUUUUGUGAAAGUUGACACAGAUAGAGAUGGGAAAAUCACUGGUGAACAAGCCCACGACCUAUUCCUGAAAUGGGGCCUACCAAGAGAGGUUUUAAAGCAGGUGUGGGAUUUAUCCGAUCAGGAUAACGAUAGCAUGCUUUCUGUCAGGGAGUUUUGUGUUGCGCUAUAUUUGAUGGAGCGGUUUAGGGAGGGACGCCCUCUUCCAGCAGUGCUACCAAGCAAUGUUAUGUUUGAUUUAUCCAAUAUUUUUCAACCUGCAAAUAAUUACUCCAAUGCUGGCAAUAUAGCCUGGAGACCUGCAUCUGGCUUUCAACAACAGCAACCGAUGCCUGGUCCUGGUGCUUGGCACAUGGCGCCCCCAGCUGGAGGAAGGCCACCGAAGCCAGUUGCUCCUUCUCAUGCUGUGGAAAGGCAGCUGGCCAAUCAGCAGAAGCCCAGAGUACCAGAAUUGGAGAAACAUCUUGUAAAUCAACUGAGUACAGAGGAGGUUAACUCGUUGAAUUCAAAGUUCAAAGAAGCAACCGAAGCUGAUAAAAAGGUAGAAGAACUGGAGAAAGAAAUUUUGGAUGCUAGAGAGAAAAUUGAAUACUUCCGGGUCAAAAUGCAGGAACUUGUUUUGUACAAGAGCAGAUGUGACAAUCGCCUCAAUGAGAUCACAGAAAGGGCAUCUGCUGAUAGACGUGAGGCUGAGUCCCUGGCCAAGAAAUAUGAAGAGAAAUACAAACAAGCUGGAGAUGUAGCUUCCAAGUUGACUAUUGAAGAAGCCACGUUUCGUGAUUUACAGGAGAAGAAAAUGGAGCUAUACAGGGCAAUAGUCAAGAUGGAGCAAGAAGGUGAUGGUGAUGGCACGCUUCAGGAUCGUGUUGAUCACAUCCAAUUAGAUCUUGAUGGGCUUGUGAAAACUCUCAAUGAGCGCUGCAAGAAGUACGGUUUACGCGGAAAGCCUACAACAUUAACUGAGCUUCCCUUUGGCUGGCAACCUGGCAUCCAAGAAGGAGCUGCUGACUGGGAUGAGGAUUGGGAUAAAUUUGAAGACGAAGGAUUCACUUGCGUCAAGGAGCUCACUCUUGAUGUGUCAAAUGUCUUGGCACCUCCAAAACAGAAAUCAUCAUCAGUUCAGAAAGAAAAAGCUCCCCAAGUUGAGAGUCCAACAACUGCUUCUUCACUUAAAGUUGAUGUUAAGUCAGAAAAGCCUCAAAGUACAGAUGCCAAGGUUGUUGAAAAUGGAGCAGCAUAUGAUAAAAAUGAGGACGAGUCAGCAAAAAGUGCUCCGAACAGUCCAUUUGCCAGCAGUACUGUUGGAAGCCCAUCUAGAGAAUUUUCAGAUUCUAACUAUGGAAAGACAACAGAUGCAGAUGCCUCACCCCGUAAUAAGGAAUCUCAAAGUCAUGAUCAUGCGGGUGCUGGGUCUAUAUAUUCUGGCGACAAAGGUUCCGAUGAACCAGCAUGGGGGACAUUUGACAAUAAUGAUGAUGUGGACUCGGUGUGGGGUUUCAAUGCAGUUAGUACCACCAAGGACAUGGAUCUGGAGAGUAAUAAGGAUCACUACUUUUCUGGCCCUGGGGAGUUCGGCCUCAACCCUAUCAGGACUGGGUCAUCACAAGGAGGUGGCUUUUCCCAAAAGAGCCGCCCUUUUACUUUCGACGAUUCUGUUCCUAGCACACCACUCUCAGCCUUUAAUUCAGGGUAUUCACCGCCAAGGUACAAGGAUAGCUCAGAACCUUCAUUUGACACCUUCUCUAGGUUUGAUUCGUUCAGAAGCACACAAGAUACUGGAUUUUUUCCUCAACCAGAAACACUCGGAAGAUUUGAUUCUAUGCGCAGCAGUAGAGAUUUUGAUCAGGGUAAUGGUUUUCCAACAUUUGAUGACAUCCCAGACCCUUUUGGCUCUUCGGCGCCAUUUAGGUCAUCGCUGGACAGUCAAACUCCAAGAAGAGACUCGGACCCCUUCGGAUCGUCAGGUCCAUUUCGGACGUCACUGGACAGUCAAACUCCGAGAAGAGAAUCAGAUUUUUUCGGGUCUUCAGCGGCGCCGUUUAGGACAUCAUUUGACAGUCAAACUUCAAGAGGAGACUCGGACGCAUUUGGGUCCUCUCUGUUUAGGACAUCAUUCGACGGUCAAACUCCAAGAAGAGACUCGGACCCAUUUGGGUCUUCAGGGCCUUUCCGGACGUCAUUGGAGACUCCGAGAAAAGACUCUGAUCAUUGGAGUGCAUUUUAGUUAGGUAGUUGCUCGGCUUCGUUUUUGUGUCUGCUAUUCGCCGUUCCAAGCCUUUCUAUCAUGAGUGUUACGGGCCUUGGCCAUGUUUUAUGCUUGAAAUCUCUGUGCUUGUAAUGUGUCUUUUGUAUUUCAUUUCUUUGUGUAUGCAUCUCGCAUUGUCUUCAUUCUUUUUCCUUUAGCUUAUAAUUUUUCUCCGUAAUUUUGGAAUGUUCCAUGUCAUAUUGAAGCAAAGACCCCUAUUGUUUUAUCGUUACAAAUUUGAUGAUUGUAUUAUUAAACUGGGGCUGUGCCUUUCUUUUUUCGACCUUAAUUUGCUGUAAUAUUUUACCCCCUUAAUAAAAUAUGUUCUGCUGAUCUUUUAUUUGUUCAAA